AUGGCCAUUGUAGAACUUGCAGCUUUUUUGGCUUUUCUUCCUGCCAGCUUUGUAGCUUUUUAUGUAUGGCUACUUCAAAGUCGUAAGGGAAGCUUGCCUAUUACCACUACCGAGGUUGCUUAUGAUAAACAUAAAUUCGGUCAUAUCCUGAACUGGGACAAGUAUCACCUGUAUAUCCACGGCAUUCCUACUUUAAUUAUCAGUGGCGAAUUUCACUAUUGGCGUCUUCCAGAUAGGUCACGAUGGGAAAGCAUUCUUAAGAAAUAUCGUGCCGGGGGAUUUAAUUGUAUCAGAAUUUACUUUCACUGGGGCUAUCAUAGUCCUGACGAAGGAAUAUACAAUUUCAAGGACAACAGGGAUAUCAAUUAUUUACUGGAUUUAUGCGAAGAGCUAAAUCUUUAUGUUCUUGCAGCGCCAGGCCCGUACAUCUGUGCCGAAACUCAAGCCGGCGGAUUUCCAAUUUGGGUGGUUGAAAAGGUCAAGAAACUGCGUCAUGUUUUACACUCCGGCUUCAAGUCAUAUGAUUCAAAAUUUUCGGAAUAUGAGAAACAAUGGUUCGAGAAUAUUUUGCCCAUCAUUUCUGAGCACCAAAUUACCUCCAAACCGAACGGAUGUGUUCUCGCUGUGCAAAUAGAGAAUGAAUUGUUUGAGCGGAUUUUGAAUAUUCCUUUCGCGUUACAUGAUGAAAUGAGAUUUUUGUGUAAGACGGCAAGAGAUUGUGGCAUCACCGUGCCAUUAUUCACGAAUGACGGGUUCGAAGCAGGAUCAUUCAUCGCAAAGCCCGAAAUUGAUUCCAAACCCUCAUCACAUUUCUUUGGAAGGAAAAGCUUUGGACUGGACCUUUACGGAUUUGACAAGUAUCUUGGUAGCUACCUCUAUGUUAUUGAUCCUACUUCUCUUUUAUUUGUCCCAGCCAGCGAGCCAACACCCUGGGCAUUCAAUGUUCAACAAGAUCCCAAAAGGUGGAAACAAUGGGAUCCCAAAGUAGUGAUGAAAUCCUUGGACGGAAUUGAGAAUACUGUGCGUGGUUUUGGAUAUGAAGCCGCCAAGGUAUUUCGUAUUCUGAUGUUGAUCUUGUUGGUCAUGGAUUAA